CUCAAACUCCACACUCGAAGAAGAAGAAAGAAAGAAAAAAAAAAAAAAUCAAAACUCUCACUCUAACGAAAUGAUGAAAGAAGAGAGUAACAACGACGGCGGUGGGAACAGCUGGGCACGUGUGUGCGACACGUGCAGGGCGGCGGCUUGCACGGUGUACUGCAAAGCGGACAUGGCGUACUUGUGUGCCGGGUGCGACGCACGUGUUCAUGCGGCAAACCGCGUGGCGUCGAGGCAUGAGCGGGUGUUUGUAUGCGAGGCUUGUGAGCAAGCCCCGGCUGCGUUUUUGUGCAAGGCCGAUGCGGCGUCGCUUUGCACUGCGUGUGAUGCUGAUAUCCACUCAGCCAACCCGCUGGCGCGCCGUCACCAGCGUGUCCCCAUUCUCGCCAUCUCGGGCUCAACCUACGGGCCGCGGGCGAACGGGCCCACCGAGCAAGAACGGCUUUUUGGGCAGGAUGGAGAUGAGGAUGACGAUGACGAUGACGAUGAGGAAGAGGCGGCUUCUUGGUUGCUAUUAAACAAUCCAGCAACUGCAAGAAAUGGUGGAAAUAAUAACAACAACAACAACAACAACAAUAAUAAUGGGUUCUUGUUUGUUGGAGAGGUUGAUGAGUAUUUGGAUCUUGUGGACUACAAUGGCGAAACUCAGUAUGUUGAUCAGUAUAAUAAUAAUAAUCAGCAGCAACAACAACAACAGUAUAGUUUUGCUCAGAAGGGUUAUGUGGGAGAUAGUGUUGUGCCUCAUGUUCAGUGUGAAGUCAAGGAUCAGCAACAACAUCAUAAUAAUGAUUUUCAGCUGGGAUUGGAUUAUGAAUCUUCAAAAGCUACCUACAGUUACAACGGUUCAAUUAGUCACAGUGUCUCAAUUUCAUCCACGGAUCUUGGUGUUGUGCCAGAAUCAACAAGUGAUAUUUCCAUCUCACAUUCAAGACCUCCAAAAGGGACUAUUGAUCUCUUCUCAGGGCCUCCGAUUCAAAUGCCGCCCCAACUUACUCCAAUGGACAGGGAGGCCAGAGUGCUUAGAUAUAGAGAGAAGAAGAAGAGCAGGAAGUUUGAGAAGACAAUCAGGUAUGCCUCAAGGAAGGCCUAUGCUGAAACUAGACCCCGAAUCAAGGGUCGAUUCGCCAAGAGGACAGAUGUCGAAGUUGAAGUGGAUCAGGUGUUCUCCACAACAUUAUUGACAGAAACUGGAUAUGGGCUUGUUCCUUCAUUCUAAAUCCAGAUCUUGUACUACUUCUGAUAUAUUGUAGGUUUAUAUAUUAAUCUAAUUGCUAUUCAAGUAAUGAGAUAUAUGUUCUAUAGUUUCAAUAGCUUUGUUAAACAUUUCUUGUAGUCUUCUUAUCUUGUCACCAUACUACUACAUUCUUGUAAAAAUGCAUGUAUAUUUUUAGUUUAAUUUGGAAUUAUUUUCUUUUGCAAUUACA